GAAUAUCUUGUCCUUUUAGAUGCAACAUUAGAUACUGUUUAAUUUAUACAUAAAAAGUGAUGGCGAACAAGAUAAAACCGUGUACUAUGAAUAUCUGCAGGGUCUGUUUAACUGAAUCUUCAAACAUGACCUCUUUAUUGAUUAAAUUAGGAGACAGUGAUCGUACGAUAGUGGAGGUGCUAAAUUUCGUAUCCAAUAUUAACAUUAGAAUGUGUAAUAAACUUCCCAAGCAGCUAUGUAAUGAUUGCAAAGACAAUUUAUUUAAAGCCGACGAUUUUAAACGUCGCUGCAUUGAAUCCGAGAAUAUUUUGAAUGACAUUUUUAAUUCCUACAAAUACGAAUUAGACAAGACUCUAACACUUCAAAAUGCAGUAAUUAAAGAAGAAAUACCAAUAGAAACCUUCGACAUAGUGGUGCAGCAGCCAUUGCAUUCAAAUGUAACAAUAAAUGAGGGGGAAAGUAAAAAUAAAUUAAGUUUAAAUCAAUGUCCUGAACGCAGAACUGUUCUGAAAACUGUUUCAGUAGAGUUUGACAAAAAAGUUGCGAUAAAACAAGAAUUCAAAAAGGAUAUUGACUCGCACGAUGGUGACUCAAACGACUUCGAUGACACUUUCGAUUCAGCAGAGAAACAUGAAGUUGAAGAUGUGAAAACAGAGAAUAAAAACAAAAUACUGGAUAAACUGGUUUCUAACAACAAAAAAGUACACAAGUGCCUCAGGUGCGACAUAAAAUUUGAUAGUGUAGUCGAGUGGAGACUGCACAGGAAGGUGCAUUCCAAUAAUCAAAAUGAUGAACUGCAGUACCAAUGUUCAAUGUGCAACCGAAAGUUUUCGAGGAAAUCAUCGCUAUCCAACCAUUUGCGGCAACACCAAGUGAAAGAUGGUGUUCUAUUCACUUGUAUAACUUGUAAACGGGAAUUUAGGCAUCAGGCUCAUUUAGACAAUCAUAUAUUAGCUGUACACACAUGUGAACAAGGAAUUACAUGCACAUUUUGUAAUAACAAUUUUACAACUAAAGAAAGUUUAGAGUUGCACUUGGAAAGUCAUAAAACAGAGAAGAAAUAUCAGUGUAAGAUUUGUAAUAAGUUGUUUUUUAUGCAGUCUACUCUAACGGAUCAUAUACGCACACAUACCGGUGAGAAGCCGUUCCUGUGUUCAAUAUGUGGCCGGGGAUUUAGCCAGAACAAUAAUUUGCAACAACAUGUGAGGAGGCAUCAGGGGCACAAGCCAUUUAAAUGUGACGAUUGUGAAAGAAGUUUCGUGACUAAAGGCGAAUUACAAGCACACAAGAGGAAGCACAGCGGCGCACACCCAUUCGUGUGCGAUGACUGUGGGAACGGCUUCACCACCUCCAGCUCCUUAGUCAAGCACCGCCGCAUACAUACCGGGGAACGUCCAUACUCCUGCGAGUUCUGCCCGAUGAGGUUCAAAGCUUCAAGUACAUUGACGAAUCAUAGAAGAACACACACUGGAGAAAAGCCGUACCAAUGCUCGCAUUGUGAAAAAGCAUUCGCUCAAAGGAAUGACCUUAUCAGUCAUAUACGGUGUCAUACUGGCGAGAGGCCGUAUGUAUGUAACACUUGUGGACAGGCCUACAGGAAGGCGUCCAGUUUGAAAGCUCACCUUAAGGUACAUAAUAAGGAGAAAGAAAUGAAUUUGUGGACGCUACAGGAUGUGGCAGUUUCAUAAUUCUUCAUGACAGUCAUUAGUGGAUUUGGAAGCUAAGAAUUCUAAUUUAAAACAGAUUUUUCUUAAUGGAUAUAAAAUGAACACCCUGUGUUUAUAUAAGGAAAAAAAAUGAAUUUGUGGACACUACAGGAUGUGGCAGUUUAGUAAUUCUUAAUGACAGUCGUUAGUGGCUGUUGGAAGCUAUGAAUUCGCAUUUGAAAUGAAAUGAAAUUUUAUUUUGAAACAUUAUUUUCUUAAAUAAUACGAAAUAAACCUUUGUUUUACGGUAUACUCUGUCGCGGCAUCUAUGAAAUUUGGAUACCAGGAUGUUAGUAUGAAGUUAUGGACUGAUGGAUAUCACAGUUGCAGUUGCGAACUCACACUUGCGAAUCAGAUGUCAGUAUGAAAUUAAAAUUGAUGUUAUUUGCGCAUCAAUCUCUGUAUAUAUUUAUAAUCUAUGUUCUGUAUCAUUUGUGGCUGAAACCGCGGUUGAACCAGAACCAGAACUUG